GCCAGACGCUCUCUAAUAUAUGGCUCUGGACGUUGUGGCUUAUUCUGCUAUCUAGUGGUAGCAAAGGGUAGUCGGCGUAGAAACAUGAUGGCGGCAAAAGUGCUGAAGACAAAAAUUUACAAGAUGGCGCCUCACUCUCCGCCUCUCAACAACAUGCUGUUCCCCACUCAGCCUCAGACAAACACGCAGUCAAGCAGCGUGGGAGAUAGGCUUUCUUCGACAGCGUUUCCAGCGCAUGCAGCUUUCUUCGAAACCGAUUCACAGCUGGCCAGCAGUGCGCACAGUGUUCGCCUCCGAGGGACUACUCGCGUAGUGUUGUUGUGUUGUCCUACCCGUGGAUCCAGUGAGAGUUCCGAGCCGUGGAGAAAGACCACCGUUCCCUUCCCUGCAGCGCGCAACACCAUGGCUGCGGCUCUCACCAUGCUGCUCUUCUUCCUCCACAUCCUCGGUUCUUCAGCGCUGGAAUCAGGCGCUGGGCGAGUCCACCCUCAUCUCACUGGUUGUGUCUCUGCCAACAUGGAGACUUUCCACUGCAGAUGGAAUGUCGGCACUUUCCACAACGUCUCAGAGCCGGGAGAUCUCCGCAUAUUCUACAUCAACAUAAAGCCCGUCACUGCCUCCCCUGAAAAUUGGAGAGAGUGCCCUCACUACAGCACUGAGAGGCCCAAUGAGUGCUUUUUCAACGAGAACCACACGUCCAUCUGGACGUGUUACAGCGUUCAGCUCCGCUCCAGGGAUCAAGCCGUCAUCUAUGAUGAGAGCCUCUUCUCUGUUCAAGACAUAGUUCAACCAGAUCCUCCGGUCAGCUUGAACUGGACACUGCUGAACAUGAGUGUGACUCACAUUAACUACGACGUAAUGCUGAGGUGGAAGCCUCCACGGUCUGCGGACGUGGAGAUGGGCUGGAUGACGCUGCAGUACGAAGUGCAGCACCGCAACAUUGGCUCUGACCUGUGGAAAGUGUUGGACUUUGUGAAAAGCACACAUUGCAGUCUUUAUGGACUUGAAACCAACGUUAAUCACGAGGUCCGGGUCCGGUGCAAAAUGCUCGGUGGGAAAGAGUUUGGGGAUUUCAGCGACUCUGUAUUUGUCUACAUCCCAUCUAAAGUUUCAAGAUUCCCAGUGGCGGCUUUGCUCAUCUUUGGUGCCUUGUGUUUAGUGGCCAUCCUGAUGUUAGUUAUCAUAUCACAGCAAGAAAAGUUGAUGUUUAUGCUUUUGCCUCCGGUUCCUGGACCAAAAAUAAGAGGAAUUGACCCCGAACUAUUCAAGAAUGGGAAGCUUCGUGAGUUGACAUCAAUCCUGGGUGGUCCUCCUAAUUUGCGGCCGGAGCUCUACAACAACGACCCCUGGGUGGAAUUCAUCGACUUGGACAUCGAGGAGCAGAAUGACAGACUGACAGACCAAGACACAGACUGCCUCAUGGACCGCUCCCACUGUUCUCCAGUCUCGAUUGGCUUCAGAGAUGAUGACUCAGGGCGUGCCAGCUGCUGUGACCCUGAUCUCCCUAGCGACCCAGAAGCGUCGCCUUUCCAUCCUCUCACCCCAAACCAGACUCUCAUUAAAGAGUCGUCAUGCCCGCCAGCCUCUGAAUCGAGCUCACCGGUCCAAAGCUCCACCAGCACAGAGCCUCCAGCAGUAGACCCGGGCAGAGAGGCUUUUUACACUCAGGUGAGUGAGGUGAAGCCAUCCGGCAAGGUGCUGCUGUCACCUGAGGAACAGACCGAGGGGGAGAGAAACAAAGCCAACGUGAUGGAGAAGGAGAAAGAAAAGAAAGAGUUUCAGCUCCUUGUGGUAAAUGCAGAUAAUAUAGAGUACACCUCAGAGCUCAACACCGGCAAAAUCUGCCCAAAAUUAUCUUCAGGGGACCUUAGUGAACCCUCCCCGAAGGGGGCAGAGCUGUGUGCUGCGCCACCUUCGUCGCUUGGACUGAACACUACGUCCCCGCUACCCCCUGCUCCUGUCUACACCGUAGUAGAGGGUGUUGACAGACAGAACAGCCUCUUACUUAUGCCAAACUCACCACCAGCCCCACAGCUGAUAAUUCCAAAGCCCAUGCCGACGCCAGACGGCUACCUGACCCCUGACCUUCUGGGAAGCAUCACACCAUAAAUCAGUGAAGAGUGCAAAAUCAGAGAUUCUGUCGGAUAAAGCCAGAGCAGUGUUGGAGGUUCACCGUCCCAAGAGGAGUGCGUCAGCUCGCCAGAAAUAGUUUAGGGGAUGCUGCUUCUGCCUCUGCCUACUCUGACUGACUUCCACUGCAUCCUGCGACAGGGCUGUCAAGUCUACAUGGUUGGGUGUUUGUUAUGAGGAAUGGAUGUUAAGUAGACACACACAAGAAUGUAUUUUACUCUAGUAGUGGAAAGGGAACUAUUAAAAGGAAAGCUGGAACUGAAAACUGCCUUAAUAUUUUCAUUUUAAGAAACCAAGUCUGCAACAGUUUUCCUCAUGAAAUCACUGACCCUGUCAGUUCAAUCAGUUUUUGGACUCUAAGAAUCAGAAUACCCCCCCUCCCCCACCACAGCAAGCGGACAAGAAAACAUGACGUUGUUUCAGCUAACAUAUCUAACAUAUAGGCUUUCUACCUAUAUGCUUAUGCAUCCAGCAGACAUUGAAUCAUUUGGAUUUGUGUUGUAUUGUGAGUAUUCAAUAUUCACAGUGCUUUUGGUGUUGAUUUAGUCCUUGACUUUAGCUGCGAAAUGUUCCACUUUAUUCAUCAUCUAGUUGCUAAUUUUGUCCUCUUGUUCGUUGCUCUAAGCUAAAUGCUCUGUAGUUCAUUCUCAUGAGUUACCAUGAGUGACACCUUUUGCAUUACGCGUCAUUUAUUCAGUAUUAAUGUUAAAAUACAGACUAAUACUGCUUUGAAUUAGUGUGUAUUUGGAAUUGUAUAUUUUGUACAUAUAUUUUUGUUAAUGAAAUUGGGCCAUGUGAUAACCAAUGGGUAACAUAAGCGACCAUGUGCCCAAUUUUUAUGAAACCAGCAUUUUUUAAGCUUUUCAUAAGGUUUUAAUUCCUUUUUUUGUCUGUUUGUUUUUUAUACUCAAUCUGUAUCAGCGCGUGAACAGCAUAACCCGUAUGUUAAAGGAUAUGCUAUCACAUACUACGUUCCUCAUUUAUGCUCAUUUAACUGGAACUCUUUCACAGCUGACAGCAAAAUGCUGGUCUCAUGCUUGGCCAGUAUUUAUUUUAGUGCAUCGUUUGUUAAAGGUUUGGACUUUUCAUUUAUUGCUGGUUAGUUUAUGUAGGAUUUUAGUUCAAAGUUCGGGUCAUGUGGUCAUCAGUGUUACACUUACAGUAAGUACAGUUCAGUAGGUUGCAUUUUGAUUGUGCCAAAGUAUUGACCAAUAAAAAAAAGUUUCAUGCA